CUAAAAGAUGUUAGAAUCCAAUGGACCAAUCCCACACAAUUUCUGCUGGCACCGGUGUAUUUAGGGGCAGCUCAACCUAGUAAACCGAGGCCAGAUUUGCCGUUCGAAGUCGAAACCUAUAACUUAAGAUUGAGUAGGUCGUUUCAAAUUCUCAUGUGGACACGCAGUGCAGCAACACAGUCAACAAAACAAACAAAGUCACACAAUUUUGUCUAAUCAAGGCAGCCAUUGCAUUGCCGCAUUAGGACGUGUGGUGUGGUAACUGGUACCGGUACCGUACCGUCAAUCCGUGCAUGUUGCUGCUAAGAACAUCUUACCGGUGCGUAACAACAAUGGCCGAACAUUUACCAUACUUCACGCAAGGUCGUGUCAUCAAAGGGUUUGGAAGAGGAAGCAAAGAACUGGGAAUUCCUACAGCUAACUUUCCAGAGGAUGUUGUGGAGAAUCUGCCUGCUGCUUUUAGCACUGGAGUUUACUAUGGCUGGGCUUGCGUAGAUGAUGGGGAAGUACACAAGAUGGUGAUGAGUAUUGGCUGGAAUCCGUACUACAAAAAUGAAAAGAAAUCUAUGGAAACACAUGUGAUGCACAUCUUUAAAGACGACUUUUACGACUCCAUCCUGAAGGUUUGCAUCCUGGGUUUUAGGAGACCUGAAAAGAAUUAUCCAUCACUAGAUUCCUUGAUAGCAGCCAUCAAAGAAGACAUCGCAGAUGCUGAUAUGAAGCUCUCACAGCCUGAUGCACUCAAGUACAUAGAUGAUAACUUCUUCAGGGAUCUGUCCUCACAGUUAUGACAGUAAACUUAAACAUAGAUAUAUUUUAGUACCAUGUCAAGAGAUUAAUUUUUAUAGUACACAUUGAUAAUUCUACUGCUAAUAUUUGUGCAACAUACCGGUACAUGGUGUUACAAAUUUACGUUUCAUUUUUUAGUGUUUUAUCUGAUGAGGGCUGUUAAUCUGGCCGAAGAAUAUCAAUAUUGUCUUACAUGUUUAGAAGGUAAAAUAGGUCUUUGUUGUGUAUGGAAGUAGAAACAGAUACAUUAUGAACAUGACGGACAAAGAAAGAGGACAAAAUAAACAGUUCCUCAUUCUACCCUCAACAAUUGCUAUUAUGUAAAAAUGUGUAGAACAGG